AUGACACUUGAAGAUUUCUUUACACUGACUGAGAUGAAGGACGGGCUCACAGCCCCUUCACGAGUCCACGAGUUGGUUGCUGUAAUGCAAAAGGAGAAAUUUAGUGCUGUGAACAAUGUUGGAGAUGCAACCAGGCAAUGGGCUGCUGUUGCUAGCACAAUUGCUGCUACAGAGAAUAAAGAUUGUCUUGAUCUUUUUAUUAACUUAGAUGGACUAUUGUUUAUUGAUAGAUGGUUAAAGCUCGCUCAGAAGUUCAGUAAUGAAACGGGCGAAGGCUCUGUAGAAGAGUCAAUCACUGCAUUGUUAAGAGCACUGGAAAAGCUGCAAAUAGGCAAGGAGAGGUCCAUUUCUUCAGGGGUCUGGGGCACUGUCAAUAAUCUACUUGACCACAAUAGUUCUCGGGUUCAGGAUAGGGCAAGGGCACUGUUCGAUAGCUGGAAGCCUGGUGAGGUUAGUGAUGCAAUUCACCAUGAUGUUCAGAGCGUUGGGGCAUUUGAUAAUGUCAGAAUGAAUGACGCUGACACUGGCAAAACUGAACAUGUUGCUGUCGAUCUUCCUCUUUCAAAUGGAAGUGCUGAUGUCGAAAAUAAGGUUCCAGAACGAACUGGAGAUGAACAUUUGCAAUCAAGAAGCUCAAAUUGUCUUCCGGCAGAAAUCAUCCAGGAUGUACGGAUUCAAACAAAUGAUUGUGAUAAUCAAAUUUUAGACCAUAGAAAUUUGGAGGAUAGAACACAAGACCCUCUUACUGCUGCUGUGGAUAGAUCUUUAGAUCCUCUUUCCACCCCUGUUGUGUCAAAUUCUGAUCAAGAAAGUCCGUCAUUGAAAGAAAAAUCCCAGGUGAAUAGUACUGUAGAAGUGACUGCUUCUGCUGAUACUCAUAGUUUAGCAGUUCUGAAGGGACACACAGCUGAUCCAGAUUCAGAGGCUCCAAACAUGCUAACUGACAAAUCAGCUGCCUCUAGUAAAGUGGAAGCUGAAGCUAUUUCCUUAAGUAAUGUUGCCGCAAAUGCUCAGGAAAUUGUGACAGAAUCUGCUUUGCAAAAUAAUGUUGUCUCCAAAGAGGAUAAUUGCUGUUCAAGCGCAAGUGCUUCUGGCGAUGUGGCAAUACCUGUAUCUACACCAAAAGUCAGGACAGAUGAAGCGGAGAAUGGAAAUCAAUGUCAAACACCGAUAUAUAAUUCUACUGCUGAAGAUGGUGAAUUUUCUCCUGACCCUCCACAACAUUUGUCUGUCAACAAGAGCACAUCGGAGAAACUUGACAAUUUUGGGAGUCUCUUUUCACGGAUGGAAGAUGUUGGUGCCAGUGAUGAUGAUAGAAAACAUAGCAGUGACAGGGCUGAGAAUAAUUCUGAUUUCUCUAAACCAACCACGGAGGAACGUAGUCCAGAUUUGAUUGAUAGAAGGUCCGAUAUUGAGCUCGAGUAUGGCAUAGUUGAUGCUCUAGAAGUUGCUCGACAAGUUGCUCAAGAAGUGGAGAGAGAAGUUGUAGAUUACAGAGACCAAUCUUGCAGCUCGACUUCGGAGAAAAUCAUGGAAAGUGGUAUUAAGCAGCCAGGUAGCCCAGACUCCGUAAAUGUGAAACAGGACCUGUCCUCUGAGAUCCCUCCAGAAAAUGUGCCAACUAGACAAAAUCAGCCUUUGGAGACACGUGCUGAACAAGAAGGGUGCUUAAUUGAUUCAAAUAAUCUGGAAAAUGAAGCAGAGAAUGGCAUGCAUGAGCUGGAGUCCUCUCAGGUUACUGAAGUGGCUCAAGAACCAGAAGUUAAUACAGAGAAAGGCUUGUGUGAUUUUGAUCUGAAUGAAGAAGUCUGUUCUGAUGAUAUGGAUCGUCCCAUGAAUAUCUCUGCCCUGGUUUCUGUUGUUUCAGCAUCAAGACCUGCAGCAGCUUCUGGAUCGCCUGCAGCUCCUUUGCAGUUUGAAGGGACUCUUGGAUGGAGAGGUUCUGCAGCUACUAGUGCUUUUCGUCCAGCUUCCCCACGCAAGACUUCUGACGGGGACAAGCCACUUGAGACUGGGGGAAGCAGCAAUAGUUCAAAACAAAGGCAGGUUUGCCUUGAUAUUGAUCUCAAUGUGGCUGAGGGUGGUGAGGAGAAGGUCAUGGAUUUGAUUUCGUCAAGACAAAUGCCUGUCUCAUCAGGCUUCCAUUCCGGGGAAUCUUCUUUAGAAGUGGGUUCAAGAAGACAAGAGAGGCCCAGCCUGGAUUUAAAUCGUACCAGUGAUGAUGGUGAUGCUCCACCGACAGAUUUGAGAAUGGAGGGAAGGUUCUUUUACCAGCGGAAUGGCCAUCGCAGUCCAUCUCCCGCUUCGUCAUCAUCUUCAAUGCAGCCUUCUCUGAGGAACUUUGAUUUGAAUGAUAAACCUUUCUUUCAUAACGACUCUUUGGAUCAAGGGCUCUAUCAUAGCAAGCCUUCCCAAACUGCAAGUGCAUAUGGAGGAUCUAAACCAGGUGAUCCUGUUAUUUCUAUCAUGGGUACUCGAGUGGAACUGGGUGGUAGAGUGGAAGUUGACAGAAAGGAUUUUAUUCCCCAGAGUCCAUCCCUGCCAAAUGGCAAGCCUCUGGAACAUGCAAUGGAUGCUAAUCACACAAGAAUGGGAGGUGUUUUGGGUAUGGUUCCUACUGCAUCAUACACACAUUCUCCUGUUUUUGGGUUCAAUCCACUGCCAACAGCACCCGCCAUGUAUGGUCCUGCUGGCUCAAUCCCUUAUAUGGUGGAUUCAAGAGGAGCCCCUGUCAUGCCUCAAAUAAUGGGCUCUGCAACAGCUGUUCCUCCUUACUCCCAGCAACCAUUCAUCAUGAGCAUGAGUGGCGCACCCCUAGGUUUAAAUGGUGCUGGCCCCUCACGGCCUAACUUCGACUUAAAUUCUGGUUUUGCGAUUGAGGGGGAAGCACGGGUGGUUUGCGGCAGCUAUUCAUGCCCGGCCAAGGCAGCUCACAACCUUCUUCAAGCUCUGGAGUGGGUGCGAAAAGGAAGGAACCAGAUAGUGGAUGGGAAUCCGCUUACUCUUUACAAUAUAAGCAUCCACAACCUCCAUGGAGAUAGAAACUUCCUAAUUGUCAGGUUGCAAACUGACGGAUUGUGGAGGGGUCGAUUUGCAGCCGUCUUGCGUAUGGAUGAAACAAAACUACGGCUUCUGUUGAUUAAUAAAGACAAGAAACAUGGAUGUGGAAUUCAAAAGCAGAAAACCUACGAGGCCAGAAGUGGUCGAGCAUCAAGACUUGGUCACAGAAAAGAGACGAUCCUAGUUUCAGGUCCCACCUACUCUCGAUAUCUUGUAAUUCCUAAUCCUUGA